GGAGAGAUCAACUGGGAUUGUCCUUGUCUUGGAGGUAUGGCUCACGGGCCUUGUGGAGAGGAGUUCAAGGCCGCUUUCUCGUGCUUUGUCUACUCCAAGGAGGAGCCCAAGGGAAUUGAUUGCAUUGAAAAGUUUAAAGGAAUGCAGGAGUGUUUCAAGAAAUAUCCGGAGGUUUAUGCUGAGGAGCUGAGAGAGGAUGACGAA